GGAAGAUUGGAUCCAAAACGGAGGGCUCUUAGAAAACCUGAGUAAACUUUUGAGAACCUUGUUGGAUCUUCCAGCACCAGUUCAACGACCAUUUUAUUCUAUUGGCCAUCAGCACGCACACAACCAACUUCCAGGUACUUGGUACAGGCUAGAUCGAGUAGAGGCCGAUAGAGUACAUCUAGCAAUAGUUGGAGUCAUACGGUAUUGGUGGAGCCUUUGUGUAAUCAAUUCCAUUGAUCGAUCCAUCUAGGAAAGCAACAUCAUGUUACGGGUCCUUUCGACCAGUGGGUCUUUGGCGAGAGGCCGAUUCCGGCCUCCCACCCACUACCUUCGAACUUUCUCGACCAAGGUGGACGAUGACAAGAAAGCACCACCCAAGGGAAUUCCCUAUGACAAACUUACAGUAGGAAUCCCCAAGGAACAUUUUCCGUUGGAACGUCGUGUGGCUGCCUCGCCGGAAUCCGUCGGAAGAUUGGUCAAGCCUGGGUUCAACGUCCUCAUUGAAGAUGGCGCUGGCAGCAAAUCGCAUUUCUCCAAUGCCGACUACGAAGCGGCAGGAGCAUCCAUUGCUUCCACAGCUGACGAUGUUUGGAAUCAAUCGGAUAUUGUCUUGAAAUUGCGUCCUCCUUCGACGGAAGAAGCUGCCAAAUUGGGAGAUAAAGCACUCAUUUCAUUCGUCUAUCCUGCCCAAAACAAGGAACUCGUCCAACAACUACAAGACCAAAAAGCCACUGUAUUUGCCAUGGAUUGUAUUCCCAGAACUCUCUCCAGAGGACAGACUUACGAUGCGCUCUCCAGUCAAGCAAACAUUGCCGGAUACAGAGCCGUACUAGAAGCAUCCAAUGAAUUUGGAAGAUUCUUUGCCGGACAAAUGACUGCCGCUGGAAAGGUUCCUCCUGCAAAAGUACUCGUCAUUGGAACAGGUGUCGCGGGAUUGGCAGCCAUUCAAACCGCGAAAAAUCUUGGAGCUGUGGUGCGAGCCUUUGAUGUCAGACCCGUCACAAAAGAGCAAGUCGAAGCCAUGGGAGGACAGUUUCUCGAAGUCGAUUACCAAGAAGAUGGAUCUGGAGCGGGAGGAUAUGCCAAGGAAAUGAGCAAGGAAUGGCAUGCAGCGGCACGAGAUAUGUUGACCAGACAGUGCGAAGAUGUUGACAUUGUCAUCACCACCGCUUUGAUUCCAGGACGAACUGCACCCACCAUGGUCACCAAGGAAAUGGUCGCAAAAAUGAAAUCGGGCUCCGUCACUGUAGAUCUCGCGGCAGAAGCUGGAGGUAAUGUCGAAACCACAGUGGCCGAUCAAAAAAUUGUCACUGAAAAUGGGGUCACUUGCAUUGGAUACACCGACAUGCCGUCGCGACUCGCUACGACAUCGUCCAGUCUAUAUGCCAACAACAUCUCCAAGUUCUUGUUGAGUGCUGGACCACAUACCAGCAAGGAGGCUGGAUACUACUUUAUUGAUCACGACGAUGAAGCCGUCAGAGGUAUGCUCGUUCUCGAAAAUGGAAAACUAAUGUGGCCAGCUCCUGCACCACCCCCUCCACCCGCACCCAAGGAAGAAGAAACCAAGGAUGCCGUCGAACCCGUCAUUGAUUACAAAGCUCCCUACAUUCAAGGAGCCAAACAGGCUGGAAUGUUGUCUGCCGGGAUAUUGGCCAUGGGAGCAUGUGCUCCCAAUCCGGCUUUUUCUUCCAUGCUCACCACCUUUGCCUUGAGUAACAUUAUUGGAGUUCAAGUCGUUCUGGGGGUCUCUCAUGCUCUACACUCGCCUUUGAUGGCUGUCACAAAUGCCAUUUCGGGUACCACGGCUUUGGGAGGAAUGCACUUGUUGGCUCAUUCUACCAAACCCAGUGUCAGUUUCUUGGGAGCUGCCGCAACCACUCUAUCCACCGUGAACAUUGUUGGGGGUUUCAUUGUGACAACAAAGAUGUUGGACAUGUUCAAACGUCCAGACGAUCCACCAGAGUACUACCACAUGUACGGCUACCCAGCUGGAGCCACCCUUGCGCUCUACACGGCAGCGUCCAUGUCUGGAAAGUUCCCCGAAAUCGAUGCAGCCGCUGCCACUCUGUCGGGUAUCUUGUGUAUUGGAGGAAUUGGUGGAUUGGCUUCUCAGUCCACAGCUCGCCUUGGUGCUGUCUCGGGUCAAGCAGGAGUAGCCUUGGGUGUCAUCUCUACACUCGGACAUCUCCAACCUAGUUGGGGCGCUACUGCUGGAAUUGCUGGUCUCAUGGGAUUGGGAGCUGCUGCUGGAAACUACAUUGGUCAUCGUGUCGAGCCAACCUCACUUCCACAGACAGUUGCAGCAUUCCAUUCCUUGGUUGGAUUGGCAGCCAGUGCCGCCGCCGUUGGCGACUACAUGAAUGUUCCAGAUGUCACAAAACUGGAUGGCGUCCAUUUGAGCAGCAUCUACCUAGCCACUGUGAUUGGAAGUGUCACGUUCACCGGUUCGUUGGUAGCCUUUGGCAAGUUGGAUGGGCGUUUGGACUCGGCCCCCUUGCAACUGGCCCAGCGUGAUCAAAUCAACAUGGGUCUUGGAGCUGCUACUUUGGGAGCAGGAGCCGUCGUCAUGGGAGGCCCUGAAGUUGGUCUCGGAAUGGGCGCGCUCAGCAGCGCAUUGACUACGAGUGGAAUCCUUGGAUGGCACAUGACUGCAUCAAUCGGUGGAGCUGAUAUGCCUGUUGUUAUCACGGUCCUCAACAGUUAUUCUGGCUGGGCGUUGUGUGCGGAAGGCUUCAUGUUGGAUAUGCCAAUCAUGACGACUGUAGGGGCCUUGAUUGGAUGCUCUGGAGCUGCCCUUACCAAGAUUAUGUGUGAUGCCAUGAACAGGGACAUUGUCUCAGUUAUCCUUGGUGGCUUCGGAACCAAAGCCACAGGCACCGGUGAGGCAAUGACAUUUGAAGGCGAGGCGACAAUGACAAAUGUUGACGAGACUGUCAAACUCUUGACCGAAAGUGAAAAGAUCAUUUGUGUUCCUGGCUAUGGUUUGGCUGUGGCACAUGCUCAGUACCCACUUAAGGAGAUGGCGGAGGCUCUCCGUGCUCAGGGCAAGUCAUUUCGUUUUGCAAUCCACCCCGUUGCUGGGCGUAUGCCCGGGCAGCUGAAUGUGCUGCUUGCUGAAGCUGGAGUUCCCUAUGAUAUCGUUGAGGAAAUGGAAGAGAUCAAUGAUGAUUUUGGAGAAACCGAUGUGGUUUUGGUCAUUGGAGCCAAUGAUACCGUGAACUCCGCUGCUGAGGAUGAUCCCAACUCUCAGAUUGCCGGUAUGCCUGUGCUACGUGUUUGGAACUCGAAGCAAGUGAUUGUGAUGAAAAGAAGUUUGGCGGCUGGUUAUGCUGGUGUUGACAACCCUGUCUUUCUCAAAGAAAACACGGAUAUGCUUUUGGGAGAUGCCAAAGAUACUGUGGAGAAACUUGCUGCGGGUGUGAAAACCUACUACGGUUAGAGGCACUGGUUCAAUUCUAGAGGUAACACUUACUGUAGUAGAGAUACAGAGUUUUCCCCCUUCCUG